AUGGCCGACUACGACAUCGAGAAGAAAGCCAACUCGUCCGGCGACGUGACCUCCCAGGAAGUCCCGCACGAUGGCGAGGCGGGGCACAUGCACCGUACCCUCAAAGGCCGUCAGGUCUCCAUGAUUGCCAUCGCUGGUACUCUCGGAACUGGAUUGUUCUUGGGUUCCGGAAAAGCCUUGACUAACGGUGGGCCCGUCGGUGCCUUCUUGGGCUACCUCAUCGUCGGCAUCCUGGUCGGUUUCAUGAUGUACUCUCUCGGCGAGAUGAUGGUGUGGGAUCCUUCCGCUGGUGGUUUCAUCGAGUUCUCGUCGCGCUACGUCGAUCCGGCUAUGGGUUUCGCUAUGGGGUGGCAGUUCUGGUUCCAGGCAGCCAUCACCGCACCGAAUGAGAUCGUCGCCGCCGCCAUCGUCAUCCAGUUCUGGGACCAGGACACCAAGCACUUGGCGAUCUACGUGACUGUCAUGCUGCUGUUUAUCUUUGGCGUUAAUCUGGGUGGUGUCAAGUACUUUGGUGAAUUCGAAUUCGUCUUCGCUUUCAUCAAAAUCAUCACCGUCAUCGGGCUCAUCAUCAUGGCUCUCGUUGUCGACCUCGGUGGAGGCCCCGACCACGAUCGUCGUGGAUUCCGCUACUGGCGCGAUGAGCCUUUCAACAACAACUUCUUCUCAGUUGUUCCCGCCUCUAAGGCCCGUUUCCUCGGUUUCUGGGCCGUUCUGACCCAGGCGGCCUUCUCUUACGGUGGAAUGGAGGGACUGGCCAUGAUCUGUCUCGAGGCCGCCAACCCCCGUGUUUCGAUGAAGACUGCUGUCCGCGCCAUCUUCUACCGUAUCGUCGGCCUCUACUGCUGCGCCGUCCUGCUCGUCGGCAUGUGCAUCAGUCAGACCCAGCCGGAUCUGCUGCAGGCCAACGCUGAGGGCUCCGGAACCGCUGCCGAGUCUCCUUUCGUCAUCAUUAUCAGGGUGGCUGGCAUCAAGGUCCUCCCUCACAUCAUCAACGCGGUCGUCCUGACCUCUGCCUUCUCGUCCGGAAACGAGUUCCUGUACUCGUCUUCUCGCUCGCUUUUCAUGCUUGCUCAGGAAGGCAAGGCUCCCCGCAUUUUUGCCAAGGUCCUGAAGAACGGUGUCCCCAUCUACGCCCUUGCCUUCUCCGCGCUGUUCGCCCUGCUUGGCUACCUAGCCUGCGGUCAGUCCGGUGCCAACCAGGCGUUCAACUGGCUCUCGAACAUCACUACCCUCGGGUCGCUGAUCACAUGGAUGGGUGUCUGUCUGUCGCACAUCCGGUGGUACCGCGCCAUGAAGGUGCAGGGCCUGAGCCGGGACGAGCUGCCGUUCCGUUCGUGGACGCAGCCCUACGCAGCGUGGAUCGCCCUGAUCUGCUUUGCGACCAUCUCUUUCUUCAAUGGUUUCGAAGCCUUCAUGGUCUCUCCCUUCGACUACAAGUCGUUCAUCUCCAACUACAUCAACAUCCCCGGGUUCAUCAUCCUCUACUUCGGCUACAAGUUCGUCAAGAAGUCGAAGAUCGUGUCCCUGGCUGAGAUGGACUGCUCGACACAUUACGUCGAGGACAGCGUUGUGUACUCCAAGUACUAGACUGUUGUUGUAGUGUAUGUUCUCAUGAUACUGGGAGGGUUCGGUCGGUCACCUGGGAAUGGUGGAGCCGAUCUAAUGGGUAAAACUACCAUGACGACCUUAUGAGUUGGUUCUGGCCAAUUUUGUAUUGUAAACCGCAACGCACGUAAUUUAUUUAUCCAUUUCUGCGCUGGA